AUGGAUCGUAAGAAGCUUGCGUUUGCUCUUGUGAUGUGUGGUCUCACACUGGACAACUUGAGCGUUAGUGCAGGUUUCACGAUGACUGACAGUUUGGAGGAGAAGCUACAUGAAGAUUACGCAACAGUGUCAUGGGUUAUCUCGUCAUACUCGCUAACUAUGGGAGCUUUCGUCAUUCUUACCGGUAAACUAGGUGAUAUUGUUGGUCUCCACGUUGUGUAUAUUACUGGGCUUGUUGUGAUGGGUGUUACUGGGCUAAUUGUAGCCCUUGUCCCCAAAGCUAUCCCUCUAAUAAUCUUUCGGGCAAUCCAAGGAAUUGGUGGAGCUGCACUGGUGCCAACAUCAUUUGCAUUAACCGCAUCCUAUUUUCAGGGCAAGGAAAUGGCUUCUGCCUUUAGAUACCUUGUGCUGUCGCGUACCGCAUCGUUUGGUCUGGGGACGAUACUUGGGGGUGCAUUUUCCGAAACCAGCAUUGGGUAUAAAUCCUACUUUUACUUCCACUUUGCGGUCUCAGUGGCGUGUCUUGCAGGCUUGACAUUCUUCGUCGUCAAGGUCCCACCGCAUAAAGUUGUCAAACUUCGAGACCUGGAUUAUGCUGGAAGCAUAUUUCUCGUCGCCGGGCUGCUUCUAAUAAUUCUUGGUUUCACAGAAGCAGGAACACGAUGGGAUUCCCCCAAAGUGUAUGUUACAAUCCCUGUUGGAGUUAUAGUGGUGGUUGGAGUUGCAAUUUACGAGCUCGUUAUAAUCGAACGGCUUAAAGCAAAAUGGCCAGAUGGUGCAUUUGGUCGUAUGGCUGUGAUGUUCCCGUCAGAACUCGGUACAGUUGAGCUCUACAUUGCUUCUUGUGUGAGUGGUUUAUUUGUGUACUGCGCCUACGCCACAACUAUCCUCUCACUUCUCCAGUUUCACAUGGAUGAUGGCGAUUCGCCCCUCAUUGCCUCUCUGAGAGUGUUUCCCUCCUCGGUGGGUAUCAUUCUUUGUGGACUUGCUUGGAGACCGCAUUAUACCAAAGGAAUGGAUCCGAGACUGGUUGUCGUUAUUAGCACACUUAUUUGUCUGGGAAUGUCUAUAUGGACCUGGAGAUUCCGCGACGGCGAGUAUUGGCGCUAUGAGCUGGUGAGUUUGUUUAUACAGGGUUUUUCCUUGAGUGUUUUCUUCCAGACAACAUUCUUGAUAAUGCUUCAAAAAGUGCCAAUGCAUCUCCAGGCAAAUGCAAAUGGUAUAUUUCAAACUUUUGGUCAAGUUGGCAUUUCUUUAGGGAGCGCCGUUAUUGUCUCUAUCAUUGGGCAAGACGCAUCCAAAUUGGUUACCAACGUGAAACGGUGUUUCUAUCUUGCAUUCGCUUCUUAUGCUGCUGUGAUUGUAAUGUUUGCUAUUGAUAUAGCAUGGGACUUUUGGCGAGGAAAGACCGAACUCAAGCAAGAACCCAAAGCAGAAACUGAGGUUUAG